GGCGUGGAGUUGGAGGACCUUUUCAGCCUGGGCAAGUGCACAGGAAUCCUGAACGGCGUGAAGGAGGGUGUGACCCCUAGCGACAAGAAUUUUGUCACGAAGACCAUGAUGAGCUGCGGAGUCUUCACUGCGGCCACUGCCCCGGAGGCAAAGGCCGAGCUCAAGGCCAGCUACCGCGCACAGAACAACCUCCCGGCGUCCACCGGCCCCCUGAUGUGCUUCAUCGGAAGGCUGGAUGCCCAGAAGGGCUACGACCUCCUCUUGGAGGCCCUGGUGGAGAUCCUCGAGGACACCGAGCUCCAGGUCGUUAUCGUCGGUUCGGGUCGUGCCGAUCUCGUGGCCCAGACCAAGGCCGUCGAGAAGAAGUAUCCCAGCAAGUUCUUCUACGCAGGCUGGAUGGGCCCGGAGCGCUAUGCCUUGCUGGCUGGCUGUGACUACACGCUCCUUCCGUCCAGGUGGGAGCCUUGUGGCCUGGUGCAGAUGGAGGCCAUGCGCAUGGGAACGCUGCCCAUCGUCGCCCCCACCGGCGGACUCAAGGACACCGUGGAGGAUGGCCUGAAUGGGCUCUGGACCGACAAGGAGAUGUCCGUGGAGGCGGUCAUCGAUGAGGAGUCCGUCCAGUCCAUCGCGAAGGCCCUGAAGCGGGCCUCGAAGCUCUUCAUCGAGGAGCCCGAGAAGGUGAAGGCCAUGACCCGGGCGGCCAUGGCCGCCUCCGCGGAGUUUACCUGGAGCAACGCGGCCCUGCAGUACGAGGCCGUCUUCGAGGAGCUUGGAGUCAAGGACAUGCUGAAGGGCCGCACUGCCACUGUCACGCUGGAGACGGACAAGCAGGUGUGCUAG